GGAAAAUACAUCCGGUGGAGGAACCCGGAAGUGCUGCUCUGCGGACUGUAUGGAUUUUGCCUGCUAAAUGUGGGGAAUUGAGCAAAUUUGAGAGCUAAAUGGAUGGAUCAACCUUCUACGGGAAGCGGGCUGGUGGACUUCACAUCGGGAUUCCACCUGUGGAAAGCGAUGACAGCUGUCUCAGUGACAGUGACAACAGCGAUGAAGACCUCAGACCUACACCAGGUCAUGGAAGCAGCAGUGAUGAAGACUUUGACAUCAAUCAUGAUGCACCUUCCAUCACCAGACGGCAACAGGUCGUUUGGGAGACGGUGCAACAACAGGACUCUGCAGAAGACAUUCCAACUUGGCAAGGGGCUCUUCCUGUUGCUGAUGAAACCAGAGAGCCCAUUCAGUACUUCCGAUACUUUUUUGACGCUGAUCUUUUGGAUACUAUAGUACAACAGAGUAAUCUGUACUGCACGCAAACAAAUCCAAAUAAUGCCCUCCAAUUGGAUCACAAUGAACUGGAGCAGUUUAUUGGCACUUUAGUGUACAUGAGUGUUAUACACUUACCAAGGUCAAGAAUGUACUGGUCCAGUGAAUGUCGAGUAGCGCAGGUGGCGGAUUCGAUGUCCCGAGACAGAUGGGAAGAAAUUAAAAGAUUCAUUCAUUUCAAUGACAACAGCAACAUGGCAGCCAGCAUUGAGGAUAAGCUCUUCAAAGUGAGGCCAAUUAUUGAUUCACUUCUCCAAAAAUUCCAGGAUCUCCCUCAAGAUCAAAUGUUGUCCAUUGUUGAACAAAUGGUCCCUUUUAAAGGUAGAUCUAGUCUAAAGCAAUAUAUCCCCAAGAAGCCACACAAAUGGGGAUACAAAAUCUUUGUGCUUUGUGACACAAAAGGCCUGGUGCAUUCAUUCGACAUGUAUACAGGGACAAUUGAUCCUGUACCUGGAGAACCUGACAUUGGUGCAAGUGGAAACAUUGUCCUAAAGCUUGCACAAGCCAUUCAUGGUGCCGGCGAUCACCUGUUGUGUUUUGACAACUGGUUUUCUUCCUUGGAUUUGUUUGCUGCUCUUGGGAACAAUGGGAUACCAGCCCUUGGGACUGUGCAGCAAUGUCACCUGCCAGGUUGCAGUUUCAGCACAGACACCGAUAUGAAGAAGAAGGGAAGAGGGACAUUGGAAGAGAAAAGGAGUGUUGUCGACGGUGUAGAAAUAAGAGCAGUCAAAUGGUUUGACAAUAGAGGGGUGAUCGUUGCCAGGUCUUUUGCCGGUGCCCGUCCUGUUUCUAACAUCUCAAGAUGGGACAGAGAGUUCAAACAGGAGGUUUCUGUGGAAAGCCCAAGCAUCAUCAACCUGUACAACAAGUUCAUGGGCGGCGCUGUUGCUCUUGAUGCACUAAUGGCAUAUCGCAUCCAGAUAAGGUCAAAAAAGUACUAUCAAAGGUUAUUUUUUCAUUUUGUGGAUAUGGUCAUCGCAAACAGCUGGCUGUUAUAUCGACGUGAUUGUGAUUCACUGGAUGUUCCAAAAAAGAUGCAGAAGGAUUUGCUUGCUUUUAGGACAUCAGUAGCACAGGCACUCUGCAUGCAAGGCAAAGACAUGGCAGGGAAGAAGAGGGGGGGGCCCUCAUCGGAUGUUGAAAGGGAAUUCGCAAGAAAGAAACAUCGAGGUCCAGCUAAAGCAAUUCCCCCACAGGAAGUCCGCUCAGAUGCUAUUGGUCACUGGCCAGUGGUUGAAAGUGUGCGGCAACGCUGUAAACUCCCAAACUGCAAGGGCCAGUCUGUGUUCCGGUGUUCCAAGUGCAACGUUCACCUUUGCCUCAACAAGAACAACAACUGUUUCCAAGAGUUCCACAAGUGACACAAACAAGGCCAACACAUUUUAUCAGCAGUUUUACCUGUUAGGGAUUUUCUUCACCAAAGAUUCAAGCGUGAAAUUGCAUAUUUUGUUCUGAAGAGAUCAAAACUACUGACCAUUUGUUUCUGUCUCACAAUCGAAUGUCUUUUGCUUUCAAGAAUAUAAUCUGUUUUAUAGAUAAUUUGAAGGUAAAUGUUUACGUCAAUCUUAUGAUCAUUCGGGACAAAUAUCAUAUCCUCACCAUAGCCUUCCUUCAGUGUGUUCAUGCACUUUUGAAAUGUAAGAGUACAUAAAGGUAAUACAACAUGUAUACAUGU